AUGGCCUCCGUCGAUUUGAAAAUAGGAACGAUCUUCCUACUGCAGAUUGUCAUUGGAAUCCUGGGGAAUUUUUCACUCUUGUAUCAUUACAUGUUCCUUUAUGUUGGUGGAUGCAGGCCAAAACCAAUGGAUUUGAUUCUCAGGCACCUGACUGUAGCCAACUCCUUGGUUCUCUCUAGAGGAAUCCCAGAGGCCAUGACAGCUUUUGGGUUGAAACAUUUAAUCAAUUAUUUUGGAUGCAAAGUUUUUUUAUAUGUUCACAGAGUGGCCAGGAGUGUGUCCAUUGGUACUACCUGCCUCUUGAGUGUCUUCCAGUUGAUCACAAUCCACCCUAUGAACUCCAGGUGGGCAGAGAUUAAAGUAAAAGCUUCAAAGUACAUUGGCCUCUCCAGUAUCCUGUGCUGGACUCUCCACAUACUGGUAAAUAUAAUUUUUCCUAUUUAUACAAGUGGGAAGUUGAGCAACAAAAACAUCACAAAGAGAAAAGAUCUUGGAUAUUGUUCUCCUCCACUUCAUGAUAAAGUCGUUAAUUCAGUGUAUUCAGCAUUGACAUCUUUCCAUGAUGUUUUAUGUUUGGGACUCAUGCUCUGGUCCAGCAGCUCCAUGAUUUUCAUCCUGCACAGGCACAAGCAGCGGAUCCAACACAUUCACAGGAACAAUCUCUCCCCUAGAUCCUCACCUGAGACCAGAGCCACCCAAAGCAUCCUUGUCUUGGUGAGCACUUUUGUUUCAUUUUAUGCCUUUUCCUCCAUCACUUACAUUUAUUUAGCUCUCUUUGAUAAUUCCAGUGGGUGGCUGGUGAACACUGCGGCACUCAUCACUGCAUGUUUCCCAACUAUUAGCCCAUUUGUUCUCAUGAGCCACGACUCCAGCAUAUAUAGGUUCUGCUGUGGAAGAAAUACAGGAUUCUCUCAUGUCAUCAGAAACAUAUGA